AUGGCGGUAGGGAAGAUUAGAGUGCGCCCCAAGACGGCUGAGAACUGCAAAGGGCUAAGGAAAAGAGACAUUUGGGUUCGGAACAACGCCGUCAACUGGAAGGACGAGAAGGUAUGGGAAAAAAUUAGGAACCAAGGGUGCUAUCACAAAUCAGACGAGAUAAUCGUCAGUUGUGGUACCGUUACGAUCAACAAAGCAGAGGGUGCUAACCCCGAGGUCCUGGUUGUAUACAACAACAGGAUCGGCAUAUAUCAGCUACCCAAAGGUCGCAAAGACAUUGGGGAAGGGUACCUUGAUGCGGCGAUUCGCGAAACAACUGAAGAAACGGGGAUUGCUGUUCGUCCUCUACGACUAAAGUUCGCAUCUAGAUCAACACCACCCAGAGUAACUGCUGCAACAGGGGCGAUAGUAUGUGGCACCGAAGACCCGAGUACCGGGGUCACAAGCAGUUUGAGCAAUGAAAUGAUUGGAGUGAACCCGGACCCUGCCACAGGAGCGUGGCGUAAUAUUCACUGGUAUGCGGCAAAGCCGUGUGACGGUAUUGAGCGGGAUGAGGCCUACAUGCCUAUAGCAGAUGAUCGAGACAAGUUUUCAACAUUCUGGUUUAGCGAGGUAGACGCUCUUGCGCUGCUCAAGCUAGAUGACGAGAAGUAUAUUCUGCCUGCUAAUCCCACGGUCGAUGUAGUGGUCCGGGUCGCCUUCCAGCACGUCCGCAACAUGUCGACGGACGAUUGGUCAAGCAACGAGGAGCUUGAGGGGAAGCAGGAGCUACUGUAG